AAGUUUUGGCUUUUUUAAUCAGGCAUAAGCAUAAAGAAGAAUUUCCAGGGGCUAAUAAGACGACAACAAACAUUUGAGGGACUGCUGACAGCUUGGAACAAGGCCAGAUGAACAACGGUAGAGAAUGCUCCAUUUCACACAACAACAUUUCCACAUGUCAAAGUUUCUUGCGGUGCCACUUUGCCCAUCUAAAGAAGCAGAUGGCCCAACAGAGGGCAGAGUAUGAAGCUAUCAUUUUAAGCCUGGAGCAACAGAAUAAAGAAAUGGACAUAGAGGUUAAGGAUCUACAUUCAAAAUUGGAUCAGCAACGGCAAUGGCAUCGUUUAAUGGAAAUUAAAAUAUGCAAUGCGGAGAGGGCAUGCAAAGAUGCAGAGAGGAGAAAUGAAACUCUUCAGAGAGAAAUGGAAGACUUUUUUUGUACAUUUGGAAAACUGACAAGUGAAAAAAAGCUGCUGGAGCAAAUUACUCCAAGCUUUUAGAUGCUAUCUUAUCCUAGCUUCAUCCGACAAAAAAACCUACACAUGUACUCAUUAUCCAAAUACUUAAAAGUAAAAAAUGCAAAUAAAGAUCCUCUUUAUUGUAUUUUUUAAAAUACUAAAUGUUUAGUAAAUUUUU